CUGAUGAAAAAGGGGUAUAAAUGCUUGGAGAGUCAUUCGAGUUUUAGUCCAAAAGACUUCUUUUAAGUCGGUCUAAGAAGUCAGUCUAAGAAAUUCUGAUCAAUAAGGAUGCAUUUUGAGAUACCUUAUAGCCUACAAUGCGAUAGAAUCUAAUCAGGAUGUAAGAGGCAUAGCAUCCUUCGCGUCGUAAUAUGCAUCAAGCCCAGAGCAUACUAGUUUUCAGCUCAGCUGGGGCUGAACUUGACCCGAGUUGGCACAAUAAGAUAGAAAGUUCAUUAUAUUAUUUAUGAGGAUUUUUGUAUUUUUAUUUCAAUCAUCAGGAAGGGCGCCAAAAUGUCUUCAACAGGUUCAGGCUACUCGGCCACCGACAUCAUCACGUUUAUUGGUAUUCCCUUAGCAGUCCUUGGCGUAUUGCCUAUCCUAUACAACACCGUCGCAACGCUAGCCGCCCUAUCUAAGAUUAAGCGCAUGCUUAGACAUGGUCGCUUAACAGCAUUAACACGUAGCGAUGUGGUAAAUCGAGUAAUCGAAGUGGAACUACCACGAUAUGCCGUCACGCCAUGUGAUCGCUUCGAAGAGACGGAGCUAUACUGGCGGCCCUCUCGGCAACCUAGCUCUAUCCCCGGAGGAUCGUGGACUACUUUCAACUGGCAGACUCGCGCUAUCGGCGCUAAGACUCAGCGUGUGGAAUACGCGGACCAGCUCCGACAACCACAGGUCGAUGUAGCAUUUGACAAACUCAUCGCAUAUUUACUGGACCUGGGUGCCAUCCCUGAUGCGCACGGCUGGAAACUAUUGCGCUCGACGGGGCUAUGGACUCCCACGGGUUGCUCGUUGAUGAAGUCGCCCGACGGACAACAUGAGGCUUUGACCAUCGCUCCUCUGGACGAUUCCGAUGGACAUCUAUCUCUUAAGGUAAAUUGGUCAUCGCAUUGGACGACUCGGGAUUUUUCUUCCUUGCCUCCUUAUUGGAUAAGACUUCCACCACCGCCUCAGCCAGAACAAUCUGAGAUCACUGGAACUGUUGGUCCCGAAGAGACGCCGUCUGCAGCUCAGGGAGAGGCCGGAGAGGGUGAUAUGGAAAAUGCUAAGGAGAAAGAGCACAGUAGCUUACGUAAAGAAUUUCUCGACUCGAUUCAGAGGCAAGCUGAGAAAAGCUCUAGAGCAACUAUAACAUGCCAGAUAUCUGUUGAAGGCCUAAUCUCUGCGAAGAGCCAGGAGGAUGAAGCCGUACUAUCGUCUAUAAAUCUACAAAGCCUCUAUAUUGAACAUCUUCGGAUUCGCCCUGGCAAGUCCGAUGGUAUUUGGUUUUCGAGCGUUGCGACAGCUUAUGGGACUACGAGUCAAACCGUGCUAUGGAACUACAAGAUCCCCGAUGAGAUCCUCGCCUUUUCCCGGCGGGACAGCGUACCCUGCGGUGUGCUCGUGCUUUUAGGCGUGGUACACGAGUCGCAGACGCCUGAAUGGGCUACCAACUAUAACGGACAAGAAGAGGCCCGAGAUCUAUUCUUUAGACGCAGUGCGGACCAGCGUGCCGCCGUAAUGGCCGAGUCGAAAAUGACCCCUCCCCAGAGGGAAAUUGCUGCUCGAGAGCGGAUGCAGAGGGAGAUGAACCAGAGAAUGCAAGACAUGCGCGACCAUUCAAGGCUCGAGAACCAGCGUCGCGAAGCGCGCACGUCCGAGGCGCUGCAGAGCCCAAAGUGGGACACGAAGCUUGUAGCCGAGCAUAAUCUGCACUGGCUCAAGCAGAACCAUGAGCGUGCGAUCGCUAGCGGCGUCAGCAUCAAUUCCAACCUAACUCCCAGGGACGUGGUGGGCUCGCUGCUACAUCGGAUGAUCCUCGAUGGCCAAUUCGCCUCGUCGAUUUGCAAGAUGCUCGAUUUAUGGAAAUCAUGGGCUGAUAACGGCGGCAUGAGGAGGUCUGACUUGGAAGCCUUGCGAGAGGAUCAAGUGGUAUUUGCCUUGGCUAGUCUCCUGGUUGCUCUGAUCAAGGAUACUUCCACGGCACAUGAGGGCACGCUGUCGUUGGAUCUGCAGGAAUGUCUGCGGAUGUGGAAGAUUGUGAGGCUGGGAUGAAAAUUACCAGGGGUUGUCUACGUUUGCCAUUUAUCUUGAUAUCCAAUUAGAGCAUGUCGUCUUAAGUGUAAAGAAAUUCAUAACUAUAAUAUUCUACCUAGUCGGAAUGUUCUAGCGAUCUAGGUUUAAUAUGUCAGGUACGUAGAUUGGAA